AUGGAAAACCAGGUGUCCAGCGAGAUAUCCAAAUCUCCCUCACCAAAGACGAUGACUCAGCAUCUCACGACGAUUACGUCACAAACUCGGACAACGACUGACACAGUUAAGGACAUGACAUCCCCGGUGUCUACAGCUGGGGCAACAAUGGCAAACCAAAAGCCAGGAGCAGAGAAGAAAUCCUCUUCCUCAGAGAUAAACUCAGUUUCGACGAUAUCAUCGCCAGAAAGAACUACCUUGAGGCACGAAACCACUACAAGUAAAUUGUCGACUGAACUACCAACAAUUUCUACAGACAAAUCACGCACGGUCCUCUCUUCGUCUGACCCCGCGAUGACACCCACACGUUCCCAGCCAAAGAUACAAGCCACAAGUCUCAAAGACACGUCCCAAGAACGUUCUACGGAAAGUCCCACAACAUUGGGCAAAGAAUCACGAUCAUCUUUCUCACCAACUGUGCCUACAGCAAAUGUGGAGUUGGACACGAAAACAACAGGACGCGACAAAACGACACGCGUACACUCCUCGGAAAUGCCUGACACUGAGAGACAGGACCCAGCUACAAACUCACACACGUUUGACUCGAGUACUACAACAAUACCAAUAACAACCACAACAACGACAUUACCAACAACAUUACCAACAACAACAACAACAACAACACCAACACUACCAACAACAACAACAACGUCAAAAAUACCACUUACAACUUCAAAAAUACCACCACCACCAACAACAACAACAACACUACCAUCACCAACAACAAAAGUACCACCCCCAACAACAACAACAAUGCCAACAACAACGACAAUCGCACCACCAGCAACAGCAACACAGUCAACAACAACAACAACAACAACAACAACAACAAUGCCAACAACAACAACAACAACAACAAUGCCAACAACAACAACAACAACAAUGCCAACAACAACGACAAUAGCACCAACUACAACAACAACACAGUCAACAACAACAACAACGAAAAUGCCAACAACAACAACAACAAUAGCACCAACUACAACAACAAUAGCACCAACUACAACCAUAGCACCACCAACAACAACAAUAAUGCCAGCUACGACAACAGUACCAACAACAACAAAACAAUCAACAACAACAACAAUAGCACCAACUACAACAACAGCACCUACCACCACAACAAUGCCAACAACAACAACAACAACAACAACAACAACAACAAUGCCAACAACA